GACUAAGCUAUAUAUUUAUAAGGUGCACUGACACCCACAAUACCCCAUCGGCGCCACACGGAUGUCAGAAGAAUACAAGUCGACCUGUUUUUCUGUCCUCGGCCGUUGUUUGGAGAACAUAGAAAACGCCGGCGUUUUCCCUCCGUCCACUUGCGCGCAUUACUUCCACUCGCCAUUCCACCACCCCGACAAUACCUUGCGCUGAACAAGGCUCUUCUUUUGGAUAUACCACUAUUCGCAGAGAAUUCCCGUCUACCGCUUCCUACCCGCUCACUCGAAAGCCUUCCUCGAAAUAAUCGCAACAUACCAUCAACAUGGAGAUCAAGAUUUUCGACCACCUCAAAGACUACACAAUCAAGGAUUACUAUCCUAUAUUUAUAAUUGUGACCGGAUACAUGCUCUUCCGUCCCUACCUCAUGAAAAUCGGCGCCGAGCUACAGAAGCGCGAGCACCGGAAAGCCGGCGCUGAGACUCGAGAGGCGGCAGUCAAGAAAGCACUCAGCCUGGAAGAUGUCGACGAGCAGUUCGAGGAGGAGACUGUCAAGAACGUCUGGGGCCGCAAUGCCCGCAAGCGCCAGAAGAACGUCAUGAAGCAGAUUGAGAAGCGGUACGAACGGCAAGCCGAGAUUGAGGCCAACUACGAGAGCGACGAAGAAAUCGCCGAGUUUUUGGCUGAAUAGACGCCAGUUUCUCCUCUCUUCUGGCUCUUGUUUUCUUUCUUCUCAUCCUUAUCAGUUUUUGGAUUCCUUUCUCGGUCUUUAUCCACCGACCGAGAUAUUUCUGGGCGGGUGGCAACAACAUUAAUCGCAAGCGCAAACACAAUAGAACUCGGUGGAAGUUGUUACCCUCCAGCUAUCAUAGAGCAUAUGUCACGAAUAAUAAUGAAGAAGGGCGUUCGACUAGAAAAUGGAAAUUAAUGCUCUGAUUUUGUUUCAGAGUGAUGUUUUAUUUGCCGGUUAUAGAGAUGUUCGAUUCGGUUGCUUGCAAGGUGUUUUCUUGUGGCGUACGUGUAUAUAUCAUAAACAUUUAAUUUGGACCU